GUGAGGCCGCACUUCCGCCCGGCUGCCCUUCCCUCCGUGCGAGCUGUUCCUGAGUCCUGGCCCGGCUGAGUCUGGCUCUCUGGGUCCUCUGCCCCCCGUGGCCAUGUGGAGGCGGCCGGGGCGCCCUCUCCUCGCCCUCCGCGGGGCUCCGGCAGAGUCCAUUGGAAGCAAAAUUCUCACUGCUGGUUUGAAGAAAUUUGUCCUUCCUCCAGAUUACAGUGGCAUCACUAUUCCUGAGAAACCAAAACUGAAAUUUGUUGAGAAAAGUCCCAAUCUGCCUAAAGUCAGGCGAGAGUUCAAAAAUUUACGUGAUAUCCGUGGUCCAUCUACAGAAGCCACAGAAUUCACUGAAGGACAAUAUGGUAUCAUGGCUACAGGUGGUGGAUACCUCCGCUGGGGACACUUUGAAAUGAUUCGCUUGACCAUCAACCGGCACAUGAAUCCCAAGACAAUGUUCGCUGUGUGGAGAGUCCCACCUCCAUAUAAGCCCAUCACCCGAAAAGGGCUAGGACAGCGGAUGGGUGGUGGUAAAGGUGCAAUAGACCACUAUGUGACAGCAGUGAAAACUGGUCGUCUCAUAGUGGAAGUAGGCGGGCACUGUGAAUUUGGUGAGGUGGAACACUUUCUAACCCAGGUGGCGAAGAAAUUGCCCUUCCCAGCCCAAGCUGUCAGCCAGCAAUCCCUACAAGAGAUGCGGGAAAAAGAAGAGGAGAAGCGACGUAACAACCAGAAUCCAUGGACCUUUGAACGUAUUGUCACAGCCAACAUGCUGGGGAUGAGGAGACAUGUGAGCCCCUAUGAUCUGAAACUGAAAGGCCGCUACUGGGGGAAAUUCUUUCUUCCUGACAGAAUAUAAGUGAGGUCUUGUGAAAAGUAGUUACAUCAAUGCAUAAUUUUACUCCUUGACAGUAAGCUUUUUAUAAAACAUUGUGUAUCCUUCUCUCCCUGGUUACUGUCAGCAGUGAGUGGCCUGUACCAUGAAGCUUGCAGAUUACGCUAAUAAGUACAUGGAUCUUGGCUAAGUAAACUUGACCUACUUUUUAUAAGUACAUCUAUGCAUUCUAGUGAUUGCCCUUUAGAUUGCAAUGCCUUAGAACACAGUUGUAGUUCUGUAGUUCAUCUAGACUAUGCGGAAACAGGUAAUUGUAGUUGACUAGUUUAAUGCCUAAAAUGUCAUGGGGGCCCUUUUUAUUUUUUCUGUAGCUUGUCUUACAGUACCAGUAUUUGAGAGUGGUUGUCGCACAAGGUGUGUAUAGCUUUGAUUUGUAUGCUGCACCUAACUUAAAUAUAUCUGUGCUGAAUUUUA